AAGAAAAUCAAGGAUGUCCUGGGAGAAUUCCAUGGCAAUGGAGUGCUGGCAAAGUAUAAUCCUGAGGGGAAACAAGACAUUCUUAACCAAGCAUUUAUGAACUACAUGCAGUGUGGUAGCUAAUGUGGUAGACUGGAUUACAAAGACAAAGACUGAAGAAGUUCCUGAUCUCCUGAAGCUCCCAUCUUGUUGAAGGAAGUAAUGGGUGUGUGUAAUAAAGACAGAAACAUGAGAUAAUCUAAGGAGGAAAGCUUAUGGCAUUUGGGACAAUCAGGAAAGGCUUGAUAUAGAAAGUGGGAUUGUGCUAAGGCUUGAGAGAAGUCAUGGAUUCUGGAAUGGAGAGGUGAGGCCUACCAUGGCCAAUGCACAGAGAUAACAGAUGGAGGAAUACAAGAGAGUCACUUUUACUAGUUGGCAUCAAGAUGGCACAGGGAACAGAGGGGGGCCCUCAGAGUCAUGGAGACACGAUCAAAUGUUAUCUGAGAAAUAUUAGCAGACUGGCGAAGUCACUUUUUUUGAGGGAGAGUUUCAGUACCAGCAAAAUGGGAAUAAUAAUAGCACCUUCUUCCAAGGGUUGUUAUUGGGAUCAAAUGCCAUUAUAUUUGCGAAGUACUAUGGAAAAUGUAAAGACCUCUGUGCUAUUUAUUAUUUAUUGGCAGGGUUCAGAGGCAGAACAAUGUAUGAGGAGAUGGUGAAGGUAGGAAAGAGGCUUUGAAGGCCAACUGAGGCAUUUUUAUUUGACUCCCAAGUCCUAAGGGAGCCAUGGGUUUUUAUUGAGUAGACAGUGAUGUUGUCAGGCCUAUGCAUAAAGAAUGUCACUUUGACCCCUGAGAUUGAUUAGAGUACAUAGGGAUCUAAGAUGGGGAGACCAAAUAGGAAGCCACUGUGUUAGUAUAGGAGAAAAGUCAUGAGAUCUGGAAUCCAGUGGAAAGAAAUAGCCAGGUCUGAGAGAUAUUGUAGGGGAGAGAACGUCUAUGGGACGUGAGAGAGUACUUUGAACAGGGCCUUUAGUCAUCACUUUGAGGGGGAAAUGAAAUGGAUGAUGAGUCUUCUAAGGAGGUUUGGAAGAGUGGUCAGCUGUGGAGCUGGGGAACCAGGCUAAAUCAGCCUCCUGGAAACCUAGAGAGGGGAGAGCAGUCAGAAGAAGAGGAUAGCUGAGGAUGUGCAGAUGAAUCUGACAGGACAAGAAGGUGGAGAAGAGUAUAGCAAUGGGAAGUAAAGGUUGCAAGGGAUGAUUGACAGGGGCUUGAGACCAGAAUCUUCUUGAGCCUGGUUGAGUCAGAACUCCUAGGAACAGUUCCCCAACUGUCACUGAAUCUGGGAGAUGAAGGAGAAAAGGUGUGUGGCUGAAACCCAUCCAUCAUACUACUAGGCUUUUGAGUAUCUACUGGCUGUGGUGAGAAGUAAUCUUCAGUCUUCUGCUGGACAGACCUUCCUACUUUGAGGAGACCAUCUGUGGACAUCACACCUGGGACUUCAGUGUCUGACUUAACCAAGGCACUCUAUUUACCAUCGAUUUUGAAGGCUUCAAGCUGUUCAUGAAGACCUUCCUGGAGGCCGAGCUCCCGGAGGACUUCAGCGCCCACCUCUUCACGUCCUUCAGCAGCCAGGCCCUUCAUGCCAGCCCCUUGGUCCGCAGCAAGCCUCCCCUCCUGUCCGGGGGUCUGCGGAUGACCAAAGGAGCCGUGACCCCCCCGCACACUUCCCCGUCCAGCCUGCAUUUGCCCCAAGUCAUCCAGCUGAAGGACAUCGUCUGCUACUUGUCCUUGCUCGAACGCGGGAGACCGGAAGACAAGCUAGAAUUCAUGUUCCGCCUCUAUGACACCGAUGGCAACGGCUUCCUGGACAGUUCGGAGCUCGAGAACAUCAUCAGUCAGAUGAUGCACGUGGCCGAGUACCUCGAGUGGGACGUCACAGAACUGAGUCCGAUACUUCAUGAAAUGAUGGAAGAGAUCGACUACGACCAUGAUGGCACCGUGUCUCUGCAGGAAUGGAUUCAGGGAGGGAUGACCACCAUCCCCUUACUGGUGCUCCUUGGCUUGGAAAACAAUGUGAAGGAUGAUGGACAGCACGUGUGGCGCCUGAAGCAUUUUAGCAAGCCAGCCUACUGCAAUCUCUGCUUGAACAUGCUCAUCGGCGUGGGGAAACAGGGCCUGUGCUGCUCCUUUUGCAAGUACACCGUCCACGAGCGCUGCGUGGCAAGAGCUCCUCCUUCUUGCAUCAAGACCUACGUGAAGUCCAAAAAGAACACAGAUGUCAUGCACCACUACUGGGUCGAAGGCAACUGUCCAACCAAGUGUGACAAGUGUCAUAAAAACGUCAAAUGUUACCAAGGCCUGACGGGACUACACUGUGUUUGGUGUCAGAUCACACUCCACAAUAAAUGUGCCUCCCACCUCAAGCCCGAGUGCGACUGCGGAGCCCUGAGGGACCACAUCCUACCCCCCACAGCCAUCUGCCCGGUGGUGCUGGAUCGCCAGGGGACUGGGAACAAGGACAGCGACUCCUCCCAGCAAGCCAACAAAGCCGGAGACAGGAACAAGAUGCAGAGAGCCAACUCUGUGACGGUGGACGGCCAAGGCCUCCAGAUCACUCCAGUUCCUGGCACUCACCCGCUGCUGGUGUUCGUCAACCCCAAGAGUGGCGGGAAGCAAGGAGAAAGAAUCUACAGAAAAUUUCAGUAUCUCUUAAAUCCUCGCCAGGUUUAUAAUCUUGCUUCGAAUGGACCUAUGCCAGGGUUAAAUUUUUUCCGAGACGUCCCUGACUUCCGGGUGCUGGCAUGUGGUGGAGACGGAACGGUGGGCUGGAUUUUGGACUGCAUAGAGAAGGCGAACAUCGUCAAGCAUCCUCCGGUCGCAAUCCUGCCUCUCGGGACCGGUAAUGACCUGGCCAGAUGCCUGAGAUGGGGCGGAGGCUACGAAGGGGAGAGUCUCAUGAAGAUCCUCCGAGACAUCGAGAGCAGCUCGCAGGUCCUGCUGGACCGAUGGAGGUUCGAGGUGACGCCGCUCGACAAGGACGAGAAGGGGGACCCCGUGCCUUACGCCAUCAUCAACAACUACUUCUCCAUUGGCGUGGAUGCUUCCAUCGCCCACAGAUUCCACAUUAUGCGAGAGAAGCACCCAGAGAAGUUCAACAGCCGAAUGAAGAACAAGUUCUGGUAUUUCGAGUUUGGCACUUCGGAGACAUUCUCGGCGACCUGCAAGAGGCUGCACGAAUCCGUGGAGAUUGAAUGUGAUGGCGUGCAGCUAGACCUAAUAAACCUCUCACUGGAAGGAAUUGCUAUUUUGAAUAUUCCCAGCAUGCACGGAGGAUCCAAUCUCUGGGGAGAGACCAAGAAGAGGCGCAGUCAUCGCAGAACUGAAAAGAAGGGGUCCGACAAGAGAACAGCCGUCACUGAUGUCAAGGAGCUCAAGUUUGCAACUCAGGAUCUGAGUGACCAGCUGCUGGAGGUGGUGGGUCUAGAAGGCGCCAUGGAGAUGGGACAGAUUUACACUGGCCUGAAGAGCGCCGGCCGCCGCCUGGCUCAGUGCUCCUCUGUGGUCAUCAGGACCAGCAAGUCCCUGCCGAUGCAGAUCGACGGGGAGCCGUGGAUGCAGACCCCGUGCACGAUAAAAAUCACCCACAAGAACCAAGCGCCGAUGCUCCUGGGACCCCCUCCGAAAACCGGCUUCUUCUGCUCCCUCGUCCAGAGAACGCGGACCCGCAGCAAGGAGUGAGCCCGGCGGCGUGGCCUGGGCUCGGGCAUCCCCGGCUCGGCCGAGCCUCGGCCGUUCUGUCGUCUGUGUAUGCCGCCAACUCUUGGAAUUGGUUUUGCAGUGUCUGUGCCUGAGCUAAUGUACAAUUCUGCUAUUAGAGCCUUUCUUGUCCCAGUGUUAGAGGCGUUUUGCAUGAAGAAGCCCAUGUUUCCAUAAAGUGAUCCCGCAUA